AUGGAGCACGGCCAUCUGGAAGUCAUCAGGCGGGAGGGCUCUGGCAGAAGAAAGUCCUCAAUGAAGGAGGCCCACGGUAAACAGCAGGUGCUGCUGAAAGAGACGCAUGAACUGAAAAAGCAGGUGUCCUCUCUGACACAUGCCCUGGAGGUGGAGAGCUCAGCGUACAGUGGACCUGCUGCAGGAAGAGACGCAGAAGCUGAAGAGUGA